GACGCAUAUCAUUUGUACGACAUCGUACAUGUAUACCAUUCAGUCGUAUCUGUAACUUCGUGGAGGAAAGACGAUGGCGGACGACAUUGCCGCGAUUCAGAAGAAGUUUGGCAGUCUGAACGAAUACAGCAUACAAUUGAACAGAUGGAUCUUGAAAACGAUAGGGGUAUGGCCCUCCACCUCCACAUCGAAAUUCGAAAAGAUAAUGACAAGGAUUUUAAUUCUUCUCUGUUGGGCCAUCACGCUAUUCAUCACAAUAUCAAGCUUGUUACAUUUUACUCUCGUGAAAGAAGAUAUCAUAUCAAAAUUAAAAAUGCUUGGCCCUAUAAGUUAUUGCAUUGGUGGAGGGCUUUGUUAUGCAAUAUUAUUGCUUUAUAAAGACGAUAUACGUUAUUGUAUUGAGCACAUGGAAACUGACUGGAAGCUGAUCACAAGGACAGACGAUCGGCAAGUAAUGUUUAAAAACGCAAAAAUUGGUCGCAUCAUUUCUGGUUGCAUCGCGAGCUUCUUACAAGGUAGUACUAUUUCUUAUUGCACCGUAUUUGGAGUUUUCAAACAGAAAAUCAAAAUCGGCAACGAAAGUAUGGAAAUAUACAUUUUACCCUUUCCAACCUAUAAACUUCCGGUUGAUACUAAUCCAGGGCACAGUAUCAUACUUGGUUUUCAAUUUCUGACAGCAUGCAUUAUGAGCGCUACCGUUGUUAUCACUUUCAGCCUUGCUACAAUAUUUGCAUGCCACGCUUCUGGUCAGUUAACUAUAAUGAUUACAUGGAUCGAAGAAUUUGUAAAUCGGUCACAAGGAGAAAAUAAAAAUGUGCGCGUUAAUGAAAUAAGUUUGAUCAUCGAACAUCAUUUAAGAAUUCUAAGUUUCUUAGAACGUACUGAACAACUAUUAAGCCCAAUAUGUUUCACGGAAAUGUUCAAGAAUAUAUUGACUACAUGCAUGCUUGGUUAUUGUAUUCUUGUGGAAUGGUCAGGACGUGAUAUUAGAGCCAUCACUGCAAAUUCUUUUACAAUAACAAACCUAUAUUUAAGCAUGUUCUUAUUAUGUUAUAUCGGUGAAGUACUAAGUGAUAAGUGUAAGGAAAUUGGUAACAUAGUUUACAUGACAAAUUGGUAUCGAUUACCUGACAAAGAUAUUCUUAAUCUGAUUAUGAUUAUUACACGAUCUGGCGUCGAAUAUAAAAUGACUGCCGGGAAAAUAAUUAAUAUAUCGAUGAUCACAUUUGGUAAUAUAAUAAAAACUACUUUUGCAUAUUUAAAUAUAUUACGCCAAGUGACAAUAUUGUAAAAUGCACAUGUAUUGAGUACAUAAAAGAACAUGUAUCGAAUAUAUAUUUAGAAACAAACAUGUUAUAAAUAAUAUUUAUAGAUGUAUAUAUAACAUAUAUAUUAAAAACGAAACAUAUUAAUAAUUACAUUCGAAUG